UGCGCCACAGCUUUGGUAGCGACCAUAGCUCCCGCCGGGUGUGAGUGUCGCCAGCCCCUCCCCCAGGAGACCGUUGCAGUUGGUCGCCCCCUGCUCCUCGGUAACCAUGUGCGACCGAAAGGCCGUGAUCAAAAACGCCAACAUGUCGGAGGAGAUGCAACAGGACUCGGUGGAGUGUGCAACUCAGGCGUUGGAGAAAUAUAACAUAGAGAAGGACAUUGCGGCCCAUAUUAAAAAGGAGUUUGACAAGAAGUACAACCCCACCUGGCACUGCAUCGUGGGGAGGAACUUCGGUAGUUAUGUGACACAUGAAACCAAACACUUCAUCUACUUCUACCUGGGCCAAGUGGCCAUUCUUCUGUUCAAAUCUGGUUAAACGCAUGGACUGUGUCACACACCCAGUGAUCCAUCCAAAACCAAGGACUGCAGCCUAAAUUCCAAAUACCAGAGACAGAAAUCUUCAGCCUUGACUAGGGGAACACCUCGAUCUUUGAACCUUUAUUGUGUUGUUUUGUGCAGGGUAUUCUCUGUACAAAUUUGUUGUGGUUAUAAAACAAUUAG